CAAAGAGUGCAAAAAGCGAAACAAUCAAAUUUAUUUAAGUAUCAAGUGAAAAAAAUGUCGACCUUCGGAGGUACAGGAAAUGGCGUUCAGGCUUGGAGCAACGGUGUCAACAACAAUGGAGCCAAUAACUUCGGCACUGGUUCUGGAAGCCAGAACUAUGGCCAGGGUUCUGGAUCUAACCAUGUCAGUGGUGGAAUGUGGAGUGUCAGUGGUGCUUAUGGUAGCCGCAUCAACGUUGGCCCUGGUGCUGGAGGAGUGAACUCCGGCGCUGCUUCUGGAAGUGUUAACACUUUCAAUGGACCAGCAGCCAACUUGUGGUCCGGAUAUAGACCACCUUCUUAAGAGUAGUAUGUUUGUUGCCUAAAUAUACAGCAGCAGACACUGAUGGUGUUAAUUAUGGAAGUCCUAAUUCUACAAAAUAUAAAUAAAUUAUUCUGCUGCUAUGUCAUAUUGUAUAAAUUACAUCGUUUUUC